AUGCAGUUGCUAACCUGUUGGCUGCCACUGCUGGCGGCAGCAGCCAUCCCUCUGGCGCUGGCAGCAGCAGAUACCUCUGCUACUAGCACUACAACAACGACCAAUGCACUACUCACCAUCACAGGAACAAUCACAGAUCAUGUCAGUGAUGCAACUUUGCCUACCGGCACUUAUCUCUCGUAUACUUCCACUCUUACUCUUCCCACCAACAGCGAUGGCAAAGUCGGCUCCUCGACCGCUGUGACUAACGUUACCACUGUCGGUAAUUCGACCAUUCCUACCACUUCCACAGAUACAAUGACGAGACUUGUCGGCAAUGCCACGGCGAAUGCCACUAUGACUGCGUCGGCGUCGGCUUCGGCAUCUCCCGUUGUCAAUACUCAACCUUGCAAUGGCUAUCCCGAAUUCUGUGCUCGCAAGUACUCAAACAUCACCAUGGUGGCUGCUCACAACAGUCCUUUUGUCAAACCAGGCAAUGCUGCUGCGAACCAAGCUUUGGGGGUGGUCAGUCAGUUGAACGACGGUGUCCGGAUGCUGCAAUUCCAGACUCACUAUGAAAAUGGCACCAUGUAUCUCUGUCAUACCAGUUGUGACCUACUCGACGUGGGCACCCUGGCUGACUACCUCACCACGGUCACGCAAUGGAUAAGACAGCACCCGUACGAUGUGGUCACCAUCCUUAUUGGGAACUACGACUAUGUCGCGCCGGGAAACUUCUCCAAGCCGAUCGAGGACUCGGGCCUGUCCGAUCUGGUCUAUACGCCUCCGAAGAUUCCCAUGGCCCUAGACGACUGGCCAACCUUGUCGACCAUGAUUUUGUCCGGCAAGAGAGCCGUCGUGUUUAUGGACUAUCAAGCCAACCAAACUGCUUUUCCAUGGCUCAUGGACGAAUUCUCCCAAAUGUGGGAGACGCCGUUCUCGCCAACCGACCCAACUUUCCCUUGCACCGUUCAGCGUCCCCCUGGUCUCUCAAAUGAGGAUGCCCAUAAUCGCCUGUACAUGGCCAACCACAACUUGAACGUCGAUAUCAAAGUUGCCAAUAUCGAUCUGCUCAUCCCCAACACUGCGGAAUUGAACCAGACGAAUGCCGUGUCCGGGCCGGGUAGUCUCGGACGGAUGGCCGAGAACUGCACUACCAUGUGGAAUCGUCCACCCAACUUCCUCCUCGUCGACUACUACAACUACGGCAAUUUCAAUGGCUCUGUUUUUGAAGUAGCAGCCCAGAUGAACAACGUCACCUAUAGCGGCAAAUGCUGUGGAUCCACUUCUGCUGCUCCUAGCCUGAUACCGGCAGGAGGCUUAUUGAGGGCGCUGUUAGUUGUUGCAGGAGUUCACUUGUUCGCCUCGAUCUUCUAA